AUGGCAAAUCGCAGUAAAAACAGAAGCAAAUCACAUCUAGCAAGAGUCAACCAACAACAACAAUAUCACCCACCAGAAAACAGCCACAACUCUAUCAAUGCUUUUUCUCUUGUCCUUGGUUAUUUGUUUGACGUUUUGAUGGGCGCAUUGUUCGUGUUGAAGCCGGUCGUCUCAUUUCUAGGCGCCAUUGCCAUCCUACUGGGGCUGAUCAGCUUUGGCUAUCAGAAAUUUCAAGACAUUGUGCUGGACACCGUUUGCCCAAUGCCGUUGAUUGGAACGCACUUGCCCGUAUGCAAAAAUUACGUUCAGACAGUACCUGAUUUCACGCAUUUCGUCAAACUGCAAGAGAAUCUAUACGAAGGCAUGCUGUCACAGAGCAGCGCAGACUCCAUUUCAGCGCUUGAAUUGAAGCGGGUGGAAUUGGCUACACGCGAUCUCCAAGCCAUGAUCAAAUUCUCCAACCUUCUCAUGCAUGAUUUACUGGAAGCCAAACUAGGCGAUUACAUUGCUCGAUCACGACGAUUUGGAAAAGACAUCCAGAGUCUUCAAGCACAAACCAAGGGCGUCAUUGACAACCUCAUCACAUACAACACAUUUACAUUUCGAAAACUCUCUGAAGUGGAGAGCAAGAAAUCCAGUCGACAAGACUUGCGAGCAUUGUACGAGCAUGCCAUGACAUUGGUAGAGAAGGAAGCCAAGCGAUUGAUAUUAGCCAUCGAAAAAGCACAAUCCUCGUUGGAUUUACUGGAAGAAGACUUGUAUGCCGUGCAUGAAAUCUCAAUACAGGAAAAAACAUAUCAACAGUCUGAGAAGCCGCACAUUUUGGCAGAUUUAGUCAACAUGGUGAGAGGAAAGGGUGUGAGGAGAUCGCUUGUCAAGGAGAAUCUGGAUCUCUUGCUGAAUUUCGAUGCGGAAAGAAGCAGAGCUGCCCAACAACUGAUGGUUAUGUUGGAUAGAAUGGAAGCUUUUCAAAUGGAUUUGGAGGAAUUGAGGGCUCAGGUGGUGGCGCCUAUUCUGGUACCGGAUUCCUUACCUUUGGAAAUGCACAUUGAAAAUGUAGGAAAAGCGAUUGAGCGACUCAAGAGUGGGAAAGUGAUUUCAUGGGAGGAAAACAAAACACCACAGCAAAUUGAUCCAUCAGUGGCGGUUCCGGUGUUGUAA